UCUUCACAGAGUAUAUCUAUCCCAGGGUUUUUAUACUCUUUUCGCAACUGUCCAGCACCAUGUCCGCCCGUCCGACUGUCCUUACAAGCCUUUUCAAGUCCCUCGGCCUCCGUGCACUCCACACAACCCGUCCAGCCCUUUUUCUGCCGACUCCGGAGCUUCCUCCCAACCCCACAAGUGCUGAAGCUCUUGGAUUUGCUCCGCAGGGUGACAGAAAGAGACAGCUUCCCCAGGACCUAAAAGUAGAGGUCCCAGCUUCCGCAAAUAGAAACGUAUCGGCUCUGAAAGAUGCUGGGAAGCCUGGCAGGGAAAGGCGCCAGCGGGCCACUCCCAACCCUAAUACCGAUGCCGACUUCUUUUCUGGCACUAGUUCCGACUCCCCUGUACCCUUACGACGACCCAAUGCUCGUGCACGUCGUACGAAAAGUGUCUCCCCCGAUCUCGUAGCAGGUGCCGAGUCUGCACUUCCUCCUGAUGUCCAGCGUCGGAAGAGACGUGAUAGAACACCUAAAGAUGGUAAAAUUAGGACUGAGAGGCCAAAGAGAGUUGAUCCUGUUAGAGAAUUCCGGGAGAAAAGGGCUAUGUUACCCAAGAGACACCUUGUCGUAGAUGUAGUGGACCAUUCACCGGAAGGAAUGUUCGGCAAGCAGCGAUUGAUUGGACAAACAUUUAAUAGGAAUGUUGGUUUUGGCAGCCCCCGUCACCCCAUCCCCCUCGAGGCUUCUCAAUUCGUCACCGACUUGCCAGACACUCCUAUUCCUGUGCUUAGCACUAUUCCAGCCAAAGCGCACUAUCAGGCGAUACAACUUGCUGAGUGGUCUGCAGCAUUGAAUGCAACUAUGCAAGGAGACGCCAAAACGGCUCUCCCAGAGGUCGUUAGUAAUGUGAUAGGGGUAGACAGGCAAUGAUCAGUAGCAGGAGUGUAUGGAUCUGUUCAAAUAUCACAAUAUGCAUGUCUUGGCAGCAAUUCCACUA